AACACCCGCUGCCGGCGGCGGGGGCCGAGUUCGCGGAGGAUCCGCCGCGCGCACCGAACCGCUCCCCGCCCCGGCCCCGCCGCCCCCGCCUCUCCCGCAGCCGGCGGCCGCCGCUGCCCCCGGGCGCGCCGCGGCUAUGGUGGCUCGGGCCCCGCCGCCCGCCGCCCCGCAGGUUGAUGAAAAGGGAGUGCUGUGACCCUGUGCCCGUGACUGUCAUUUCAGGGCCCCCGGGCGGGCUGUGAGCGCGGCCCCCGGUGCCGGCCGCCCCGCCGCGCCGCACGGAGCAUGCCUCUGAGCCCCGCCGGCAGCAAACAUGAGAGCCCGGAGUCGCCGCCGCCAGAGCCACCGCCGCCGGAGCGACAGCCCCGCGCCGCCGCCGCCGGGGAGCCAGGCGCCGGCCUGCGGGAGGAGACGCGGCUCGACCCGGCCCGGGGCCCCGGCGGGCCCCGCUCCCCCAAGCUGGCGUCCCCGGCGCGCAUGGAGGAGCCCGCGCCCGGCGCCAUCGUCGUCCGCAUCGGCAUCCCCGACCUCCAGCAGACGAAGUGUCUACGGUUGAAUCCAGAUGUUCCUGUGUGGGUUUCUAAGCAGCGCAUCCUCUGCACUUUGAACCACAGCUUGAAGGAUGUUCUGAACUAUGGGCUCUUCCAGCCAGCCUUCAACGGCAGGGCUGGGAAGUUUCUCGAUGAGGAGCGCCUGCUGAGGGAGUACCCCCUGAACCCAGACACUCCUGUCCCCUACUUGGAGUUCCGGUACAAAAGGCGUGUGUACACCCAGACGUUGCUGGAUGACAAGCAGUUUGCCAAGCUCCAUACAAAGGCAAAUCUGAAGAAGUUCAUGGAGUACGUGCAGAUGCUAAAUGCAGAGAAGGUCUGCAGGCUGCUGGAGAAGGGACUGGACCCCAACUUUCAUGAUCCGGAUACUGGAGAGUGUCCCCUGACGGCGGCCGCUCAGCUGGAGCUCAGCGCCGAGAUGAUCAAGGCACUGCGCAACGGGGGAGCACACCUGGAUUUCCGGACGCGUGAGGGAAUGACAGCUCUUCACAAGGCCGUCCGGUGCCGCAACCACACAGCGCUACUGACGCUGCUGGACCUGGGUGCCUCUCCAGACUACAAGGACAGCCGGGGGCUGACGCCCCUGUACCACAGUGCCAUGGUUGGGGGGGAUCCCUACUGCUGCGAGCUCCUGCUGCACGACUAUGCCCGGCUCGGCUGCGUGGAUGAGAACGGCUGGCAGGAGAUCCACCAGGCAUGUCGCUAUGGCCACGUUCAGCACCUGGAGCAUCUUCUCUUCUAUGGAGCUGAUAUGACUGCACAGAAUGCCUCAGGAAACACCGCUCUUCAUAUUUGUGCUCUCUAUAACCAGGAGAGCUGCGCUCGGGUUCUCCUCUUCCGCGGUGCAAGCAAAGAGAUUCGCAACUACAACAGCCAGACGGCGUUCCAGGUGGCCAUCAUUGCAGGAAAUUUUGAAUUGGCUGAAAUCAUCAAAACCCACAAAGAGUCCGAUGUUGUGCCUUUCAGAGAAACUCCCAGCUACACGAAGCGGAGACGGAUCCUCGGCGCCGGCGGCCUCUCCUCCCCGCGAAUGCUGCAGCGCUCGGCCAGCGACAACAACCUGAAGGCCGAGAGCCGGGCGUCCUACUCGCCGGUGCCCUCGCUCCGCAGCCUGCCCCCGCAGCUGCUGGCGCAGAUGCAGGAGGCAGCAGCGGGGGCCGGGGCGGGGGAUGGCAGCCUGGCAAGCUCUGGCAGCGCCCGCAGUGCCCACAGCCGCUCCCCAUCCCUGCAGCGGGUUCAGGAGGAGAAGGAGGCCGACCUGCCCACGCUCCGGAGGAGCAGCCGCGGCAAGGCCAGCCCCGGCGGCCCGGCGGGGCCCCCCGGGCCCGGCCCCGGCGCCGAGCCCGCGCCGCACGCCGCGCCCGCCCCGCUGCGCGGGCCCAAGCGGAAGCUGUACAGCGCCGUGCCCGGCCGCAAGUUCAUCGUGGUGAAGAGCUACGCGCCGCAGGGCGAGGGCGAGAUCCAGCUCAACCGGGGCGAAGCCGUCAAGGUGCUGAGUAUUGGCGAAGGUGGCUUUUGGGAAGGAACCGUGAAGGGAAGGACUGGCUGGUUCCCGGCAGAAUGUGUUGAGGAGGUGCAGAUGCGACAGUAUGAUUCACGGCAAGAAACCAGAGAAGACAGAACAAAGCGUCUCUUCCGACAUUAUACCGUGGGCUCUUACGACAAUUUCACCUCUCACAGUGACUACAUCAUUGAGGAGAAGACGGCCGUGCUGCAGAAGAGGGAGCAUGAGGGAUUCGGGUUUGUGUUGCGAGGGGCCAAAGCUGAAACCCCAAUUGAGGAGUUCACCCCAACCCCAGCCUUCCCAGCGCUCCAGUACCUGGAAUCAGUGGAUGUGGAAGGAGUCGCUUGGAGAGCAGGGCUUCGCACAGGAGACUUUCUGAUUGAGGUGAAUGGUGUCAACGUGGUGAAGGUGGGGCACAAGCAGGUGGUCUCCUUGAUCCGGCAAGGGGGGAACCACCUGGUGAUGAAGGUUGUUUCCGUCAGCCGCAAGCCAGAAUCAGAAGAAGUGGUUCGGAAGAAGGCUCCGCCGCCUCCCAAGAGAGCGCCCAGCACCACCCUGACGCUGCGUUCCAAGUCCAUGACGGCCGAGCUGGAAGAGCUGGAGAAACUGGAUGAGAUUUUGGCAGCAGCCGAGCCCGCGCUGAGAGCAGACAUUGUCGAAGCGGAUUCUAGGGCAGCCACUGUGAAGCAGCGACCAACAAGCCGGCGCAUCACGCCAGCAGAAAUCAGUUCACUCUUUGAACGCCAGGGUAUGGCAGCACACUCGGGGGUCCUUGCGGGAGCUGAGAAGCCCCAUGUUUCACUGCGCAAAGGAAUUCCACGGACAAAAUCUGUAGGUGAAGACGAGAAACUUGCUGCUUCUUUGCUAGAUGGAAAGUUUCCCCGGAGCACGUCGAUGCAAGACACUGUUAGGGAAGGACAUGGGAUUCCACCACCACCUCAAACAGCCCCACCCCCACCUCCUUCUCCAUAUUACUUUGACACAGGCCCCCCUCCAUCCUUCUCGCCACCUCCACCCCCAGGAAGAGCUUAUGAUACCAUAAGAUCAAGCUUUAAGCCAAGCCUGGAGGCUAAACUCCAUGGACUCCCGCAGGUCAUUAGCGCAGCUGAGAUGUAUGAUCAGGCAAGGACUUCCAUUCCUUACCCUGAAAGGCAGAAGAGGGCCCGAUCCAUGAUAAUCCUACAGGAUUCCUCCCAUCUUCCCGUGGAGCCAACAGAGAUCCCCCGGCCUGGCCCAUCUGCAACCCCUCCAGAGAAGCUGAAGAGGAAGGGGAGAGUGAUUGACAACCCUUACGCCAACAUGGGUCAGUUCAAUGUCAGCCUGUUUGCUCCCACCAAGCCACAGAGGAAGAAGAGUCCUCUCGUUAAGCAGUUACAAGUGGAGGAUGCACAGGAGAGAGCAGCACUGUCCAUCACCGGAGGCUUUACAAGGGAGCCCUCUCCCACCCGCAGGAGCCAUCGCCUGAGUGGAGUGGAAUAUCAGCACCACACCGGCAUUGCUCAGGUUGAAGCCACAAGCAUCCCCUUUGCCACUGCCAUCGCUGGAGUCAUGAAGGACAGAGACCGUCGUCUGGAUGAGAGGCGGAAAUCCACUGUCUUCCUCUCGGUUGGGGCCAUUGAAGGGAGCCCCCCCAGCAGCGACAUGCCAUCCUUGCAGCAGUCCAGGUCUAUCGAUGAGCGGCUGUUAGGAAGCCGAGAUGUACUACUGCCUUCCCCUGUCUCAGCUUUAAAGCCAUUAAUUAGCAGCUCAUCCUCAACGUUCAUCCACCCCCUAACAGGAAAGCCCUUGGAUCCGAACUCACCACUGGCGCUUGCGCUGGCCGCAAGGGAACGGGCCCUCUCAACUCAAGUCUCAUCCCGGUCGCCCACCCCGAUCCACAGCCCAGACUCAGAGAGAGCAGCACCCCUGUUUGUGGACAUCCAAACCAAAGAACCAGAGAGGGGGGAGUUGGAGAGCUUGGUGUCCCCUGUGUACUCACCUGGAGGCAAAGGGGCCGUCGGAACAGACUCUGGGACUUUGGCCCCUACUAAGAGCCAGUGGGGGACUCCGUCCACACUGCGAAAAGAAACUGAGGCAAGAGCAGAAACACCUGGGAAGGAGGAGAAGAAACAAGAAGACAAGAAGUCCAUGAUUAUUAGCAUAGUGGAUACAUCACAGCAGAAGACCGCUGGCCUCAUCAUGGUUCAUGCCACAAGUAAUGGCCAAGACGAGAUAGGACUUGAGAUAAAAGAGGAGAAACCAGCUGUCCCUGAAGCAUGCACAGAGCCAGCAGAGUCCCCCAAAGCAGAGACCCAGCCCAGUCCCGUGGGAAAGCCUCCCGUCAGUCCAGCCUCUGACAAGACGCUGGGACAAGGGAGUUCGGAGGAAGAAGUGGAGCCCUACACGGUUACCCUCCCACCAGCUCAGUUGUCUUCAAGUGACGAAGAGACCAGGGAGGAGCUGGCCAAGAUAGGGCUGGUGCCUCCACCAGACGAGUUUGCAAACGGGGUACUGGUCACCACCCCUGGCACACCAGUCAGCCACCUGGCUACGCCUAGCACGCCAUCCAUACCAGCGGCAGCAGUAGCACCUUCUACCACUGGCGGAACACCCUCAGGGAAGCCCUCUGACGCCCCCGUAGCCCCAGAGUCUGCUGCAGACUCGGGAGUGGAAGAGGUGGACACCAGAAGUUCAAGUGACCAUCACCUGGAGACCACAAGCACCAUCUCUACGGUCUCUAGCAUGUCUACGUUGUCCUCAGAAAGCGGGGAGCCUACUGACACAUACACUUCCUUUGCGGAUGGACAAACUUUUAUACUCGAGAAGCCACCAGUGCCUCCAAAGCCAAAACUCAAGUCCCAGCUCAGCAAGGGGCCAGUUACUUUCAGGGACCCACUUUUGAAGCAGUCUUCGGACAGCGAGCUCAUCUCCCAGCAACAUGCGGCCACUCUGGCAUCAGCCAGCAUUGGCCGGCCACGCUACCUCUUUCAGAGAAGGUCCAAGCUAUGGGGGGACCCCAUGGAGAGCAGGCCAAUCCAUGGGGCUGAUGAUGACAAGCCAACUGUGAUCAGUGAGCUAAGUUCCCGACUACAGCAACUGAAUAAGGAUACACGAUCACUGGGGGAGGAACCAGCCGGGUCCACGUUAGAUCCCGGGAAGAAGUCACCUGUGGUCGCGGCACGACUUUUCAGUAGUUUAGGAGAACUCAGCACCAUUUCCCAGCGGAGCUCCGGGACCACCUACACAGUCCGACCUGGCAGUCGCUACCCCGUAACCCGACGUACCCCCAGCCCCGUGAAGCCGGCUCUGGAUCGGACAGAGCCCCUCAGCACCGUCCGGCCCUACGGUCUGACCCCUCCCACCAUCCUCAAAUCUUCCAGCCUCUCCAUCCCACACGAGCCCAAGGAGGUGCGCUUUGUGGUGAGGAGCGUGAGCGCCCGGAGCCGCUCCCCAUCCCCGUCCCCCUCUCCAGGGCCGCCCCUGCACACCCUCCACCCACCUCGGCCCUUCAUGCAGAAACCCCUCCACCUGUGGAACAAGUACGACGUCGGGGACUGGCUGGAAAGCAUCAAUUUGGUGGAGCACCGAGACAAGUUUGAGGACCAUGAAAUAGAGGGCACGCACCUGCCCGCCCUCACCAAGGAGGACUUUGUGGAGUUGGGGGUGACCCGGGUCGGGCACCGGAUGAACAUUGAGCGGGCACUCAAGCAGCUGGUAGACAGCUGACCAUCCCAGGCAGCGCUGGCCUCUUCCAGAGCCACCGGGGGGGGGGGGAGGGGGGCAUUUCUACUAGACUAAUAAAACCCACUUUGAUUCUCUUUCUACUCUGAGCACUGCACUGAAGGGCGCGGAGCCGAGGGGCUCCCGCCCGCUCCCACACCGCCCCGGCGUGCCUCGCACACGCAGAUCCCCGCUCGGCCCCGCCAGCCCCGCGACGCCUUCGGGACAAGGAAUGUUGCAUGAAAUACAUCCUCGUUUCUGUUCCUCCCAGAGAGUCUGGCCUGUAUAUCGCUUGAUGUGCUCUUCCCCAGGGGCGUCGCUGGUGGCCGGAGGGGCCGAGGCACCACGUGCUGCCGAGCCCGGGCUCCCCGUGGUCGAAGGGCAACACCUGGUUGGGGUGGGGCGUGAGGCAGGGCCAGCGGUGCAGUGAGGGGCCGAGCCCCAGCUAGGGAGAGGGCUUCUGCUGCCGGCCAAGCGCCGGCCGCGCUGCCCAGGUGUGACAGGCAGGGAGGCGCCGGCCGGAGCGCGGCAGGGAGGUGAGCGGGCUGGGCGCGCGCCGCCGGCCAUACCUCGGGCAGGUCGGGGCGGCCGGCGGCGUGGAGACCUCGAGCUGCUCCCGGCCGGCCGGCGCGGUGGGAGCACGGCAGGGCAGGGGCUGCUGCAGGAGGCAGGCGGGGCCGGCACCGGCGCCGGCGCUCAGCCCGCGUUGGGUAGAGCAGGCAGGGAGCACCGCAGCUGCGGUGGUGGCCGCGGCCCCGCGCGGGCUGUCGCCACCGGGGUCGGAGGCGGCCGGCCGAGCCGGGUCGUCCCGCCGGCGCUCGGAGGGAAAGGGCUCCAGCGCGCAGAGGUCUCCGCGGAAGGGCAGCCCCAGCGCGGUGGCUGGGUGGACGCCUGCAGCGACGCCCAGACCUGCUCCCCCCCACGCAGAGCCGCCCCAGGGAGCAGCCAGCCUUGCCGUGCAAGCCAGAAGAGCGAUCCCCGUGCUAGAGACUAGCCCUGGACUCUGUGCUGCUGCUCUGCCUGUCGCCCUCGGGUGCCCUGGUGAGAGAGGGACUGAAACCGCAUGGAUAGAAGCAUGUUUGGGGAUGUCGGAGGGAGGCUGGUGGGGAAUCCAGCAGAAAACGCUUUGCCAACGUUCAAUGGGGGUGGGGGGAGGGAGGGCGAUGUUUUAUUUCCUCUUGGUUUGGGGUCUUGUUUCCAAGGGGGACACGUUGAUGGAUAAUAUUUAAUCUCCGUGCAUUUAUAUAGAGAGCAGCUGAUGAUCUACAAGAGAUGAUAUUGAACUACAGGAUUCCCACUCCGUCCUAGUCAUCCUUAUUUUGCAUCUUUUUAAUCAGCUAUAUAUUUGAAAAGAGAGAAUAUCUAUAUAUCUAUAUCUAUAGCUAUAGCCACCUGAUUUUGUUAUAAUUUUACUAAAUCUAUAUAUCUCUAGACUUGUUGAGAUGCUGGCGAGGCGGUGCCUGCACCCCUCCCCUGGGACGCCCAUGGCUCAUGGGAGUUUUUAGCGACUGACUGAAUGAAUGUUAAAGUCUUUUUAAAAAAAAAAAACACAAAAAACCCCCAACAGCUCCUUUCAGACACUCUGGAUUUUAAAGAUUUAGAAACACAAAACAAAACUUGGUUUUUGGGACACACCGAGUCUUCCACCCCCCGUCAGGCAGAGACGCACGGAGCUGGCGCUUCCACCACCCCGCAGAACCCGGCGCCUCUGGCAGGUGCCGGCCCCGCGGCAUCAGGUCCCCCUCCCGCCUCCGCUCCCGGGGAGCAAUCGCCACCGUCACACCCAGCGCUCGCACCGCGCCGCCACCGGCACGGCCCUGCGCGGGUGCCGCCGGCCCGGCGCGAGGGUCCCAGCGCGGCUGCUCCUCCGGAGCGGCCGUUGGGAGCAGGAGGAGGCUGGCGUGCGGGUCCAGCGGCCGGGCUGGCUCCCACCUCGCCGCUGGGGAGCCCAGGGGCUGGCGGUGCCGCGGCGGCACGGGCACGGGGGUGGCAGGGCUCGGCGGGAGCUGCUCCGUUGCCCAACGGCUUCAGGGGAGCCAGAGCGACCCAGGCCAGCGCCAGCGCUGGAGGAGGUGGCGUCCCUGUCCCCCAGCGUGGUGCCCGGGGCGAGCUCAGCCAGCCCGGGAGGGGAUGGCUUGGUGACCGGUGUUCCCAAAAAGCUGAGUACCCCACGAAGGCAUUAACUCUUCUGGUGCUAGAGGGAAGGACAAGGAGGUUCCUUCUGACCCUCACACAUCUCCGAACCUUUACAACCUUCAGCCAGGGAAAAGGCCCAGGCCCGGGGCAGGGAUGGCAGCCCCUCCGGCGCACCAGGCCCUCCCCGGGACGGAUCCUGACCUGCGCCGGCGCACCAGGCCCUCCCCGGGACGGAUCCUGACGCACCGUGGUGCCGUCCCCUUUUCCCUGAGCUCUUGCUGGGCACGUGCCCAAGCGGCUCCAUCCAGAGCUCUCCAGAAGCCGCUGGGCCCUGGGGAUUUGCAACCUCUCCCCCUCCCCGGGCACCAUCCCACUGCUCCCAGCCGGGGCAGGCGCCCGGGGAUGGCGCGAGGGGUUUCAGCAGGACCUGUGGGCAAACAGCCUGCACUCCGCACCCCAGGGUACCCCGGGCCUCACGCCCCAUAACCUGGUGAGCCAAGAGGCGCCUGAAUCGCGAUAGCAGCCAUGGCGUCUGCCCAAACCCACCGCCUGCUUUACCAGGUGUGCCAUCGCACCCCAUCAGGCGUCCCCCAGCCCCAUCUGUGCCAACGCUGCCGCUGUCCUGCGUGACCUGGAGCGGGACACCGCUACCGGGUCCUGCCCCUUCCGCCCUCCUGCCCCACGGUCGCAGCCUGGCCAUCACCCCUCCGCCGCCGUGCACCCUGCCCCUCUGCAUUUGCCCCGCUGGACCCCCUCACCACGCGCCCUCCCGCCUUCACCCCUCGAAUCCAUCCUACCGGCCCCUGCACGCCUCGGCCGCCGUCAGCAGCAUGUGCAGGCGCACACAGCCACCCAUCGCCCUGCGCCCCGGCUCAGCACCCCUCUGCCCUCCGUUGCCCCGGCUCCAGCUCCUUCACCUGCACAGGCAUUGCUUGGCACCCUCCGGUCGCAAGGGCUUGCUGGCACGCACCUGCACAGGCGGGGAUGGUCCCGCACCAGAGCCGCCCUGUGGCACCGGCACGGUUGUGCCUUGCCUGCCAGCACAGCCGCUGCCGCCGCUGCUCUCACAACCCCCGGCCCUGCGCUCACUCCCUCCUCCGCCUUCCAGAGCCCCCGAGCUCCAGCCGUUCCCCCACCUCGUCCCUCCGCCACCUCCCACGUGCUUUGCAGUGCCCGCACCCACGGUGCUCACAGGCACCCGGCCACGAACCAAACUUGCCACUGGUCCCCUGCGACUGGAGCUUGUCUCGCCCCUUUGGCCGGAGCUUGGCUUUCCAGGCUGGUGCUGCGGCUCCAGAUCCGUGCCUGGUGAAGCAGCACUGGCGCGUCCCGGGAGGUCGGCGAUCACGCAGCUCCUCUGCAUCCCUGUGGGGACGCUGCGUGCCAGGUCUGCUCCACGCAGCCCCCCCCAAGGAGGCCCCACUGCACACACGGACACGGGCACGUCCCCGGGUCAGUGUCGCACAGCCUCUUCCCCAAACCGUAGAGCAUCAGGAUUUCCCAGGAAUUUGGAUGUUUGUCCCUCACGCUGCUUUUACAAGGCUGGUCUGGAGGCUCCCGCUGAUGUGGAAAUGCUCGUUUGCAGCCCGCAUUGUGCCACGGGGGACCUGUCCCCGCUGGCUGGCUGGCUGGCUUUGGCCCCUGCUGCCACAUGCUUGCAGACCCCUGGCUGUCCCCGCUCGGGCUCCGUCCCCUGGGUCCCCUGGGGCCGGUCCUGCUGCUGUGGGCAUGGCGGGCACGGGCGGCCCCGCAGAGCAGCAUCCGCCGCAUUACGCUGGGUGUCCGCAUGCUGCGGCUUGGCCGAGCCUCUGCACUGCUGAUGGCUUGUCCCCAGCUGCGCAGCCCCCCGCCCCGCUUGGAGCCGCCAGCUGUCCGCAGCCCCUCCGCACGCCCCGGCCCUGCCAGCUCGGCCCACCGCUGCCCCUUUCACUUCUUCCCCUGCUGUGCUUCAUUCCCAUCUCACUGCUGGCUCCUUCCCCGCCUCACCCGCAGUUAACGCAGACCCCGGCAGCCCUCGGAGAACCCGGUGGCCCUUGGAGACCCCGGUGGUCCUCGUGCCCCAGCGCAGCCCCACGGCCCGCGGCCGGCAGAGCUGCCCCGUCUCCCCUCAGGGUGGUGGGCGGCUCUGCUGGGCGCUGCCCCCCGCGGAGCUGCCGCGGCCCCUCGGCACAGCCCUCCCUCCAGCCCCGCCGAGCCCCUCGGGGCGGCCGGCGGGCGCUGCUGGUGGAAGUGUGACAGUGUGUUAGCCUGAGUGCAGGCUGCUCGGCGGGGUGACGCCGGGCGAACCCAGGGUCUCUGCCCCUUCUGCAGCUGUUUCUGGGGCAACUGAGAGAGACCCGCCUGCACCCGCCUCUUGCCGCAAGAGGCCAGAAGUCUGCAGAGCGCAACUUUUCUGCAGAAAGUUCGGUCUGGGACCAGGAAAGCUGGACGCCUUCUUGCCAUUUCUGAGGAGCCCUCCUCCUCCCCCCCAGAAUUCCCCCCCACUGCCCCCGAUCCUCUUGUGAGGGCUGGAAAUGGUGGAUGCACCGCUCUGCCCUGGCGGAGCCGGCGGCCGCGCCGCCUUGCCGUGCACCCCAGCUUCCACCACGAAGCAGCUGCAGCCGUACCUGUGUUGGCAAACACUGCGUGAUCCCUCCCGCGGGACGGCAUCCACGGCCGUCGCUCCCAGGGACACCACGGCUCGUCCCAGUCAGGCGUAACACGAAAGAAGGCGACUUCCAACCACGCUGCUGCGCCAUCGCCCCAUCCCAGGGGCUGCCCGGGUCUGCCGCAAACCUGCUCCCCUGCCCCACCUUCCUCCUCCUCAUCGCCCUCCCUCCCUGAGCUGCGCCCUCCCUGUCCCCCCGCACCCCCCACAGACACACGCGCGCGGCAGAGCCGCACGAGCGUGGGCUCGGGGCUUUGGAGACAGCACCGUCCCCAGGCAGCACCAGGGCCACCGGGCGAACGUGCUUCGCGUCGGGGCGGCACCUGGGGCGCCGCGGGUGGUUCUGUGCCGGGAGCAGCCGUGGGGUGGUGCCGAGGCCCCUUCAGCUAACUUGCUUGUUCCUCCCCAGCCGCAGGCAGCCCGCUCCCACCCUGUGCCCGUCUGCGCCUCCCGAGCCCACCCAGCUGGGGCGGCAGCGAGGGCACUGGGUGGCCCCAUCCCACGCACCCCGCUGGCCUGUGCUUCGUGGUCCCACCGGCUCCCGGGGCCUCCACGUCCCGCGCUCCCCCAGCACCUGCAGCACCCGGCCGGGGUCAGGUCACUCGCCCCAGCGGCGCGGUGCCCGGCGGUGCCUUCACCGGGGCAGCCGGGUUCCCCGAGGGCAGCGGUCUUGUCCCAUGGCCACCCCCAGCAGAACCGUGACCCCUCCCCGCUAACGCAGCUGCUGCUACUUUACUUUUAUUUUCUCAGCUGAAGCAAAGAGGAUUUUCCCCAGGUGUAGAUAGCGCUUUCCUGACUUUGUAUCUAUUCUGGCUGCAUUGGCAUCUCCGCUACAAACAUCUCCAGACCCAGUGAGACAUUUCAUUUUGAAAAGCCAUCCAGGAGAAGGCAGAGCGGUAGCGGGCGAGGAACCGACCCCACGAGCCUGCGGUGCGGCCGGCAGCGAGCGCCGCACCCCUCGGCCGCGCCGUCCCGGUGGCGCCGGGACCGGCUGCGCGCGGCGGUUACUGUGAUUCUCAUGGCUUCUCAAUGACUUGGGUUAUCUUCUGUAAAAAGGGAAACACUUUUUUUUCUUUGCUUUAAAGGGUUUUGGGUUUUUUUUAAAGUUGUUGGUAUUUUUCCUUUGUCCAGACUAACGUCAUCAAUCCCUGUUCUCCAUCAGCUCCUGUCUGUAAUUCUGACUGUAAAAGAAGAGAAAACAAAACCCAAAGCACUUUGUUCCUGGUGGUGAAGAGCUUCGCCAGCCAAAACCACUGCCAAACAGCGACAAAGUGCGGCGCGGUUUUCUUUCUGUCCGCCCGUGGGCAGCCCUCACUGCCGCAUGCAUGUGUCACCCGCGGAGACACCCCCGCACGCCCCCGGGCGCGCGCUCACACCCACUGCAUGUGCAUAUACCGGCUCCCGCCCUCGCGCACACGCGUGCGUCCACCCGCGCGCGCGCGCGGCUCGAACAUCCACACUCUCUUGUUUCUUAUCCAGACGGACUCACCUGUGGGUUUUUGUUCUGUUCUUAAUUUUACAGGGUCAGUUUGACUUCACCCUUAUUUUGUAUGGAUUUUUGGAGGAGAUUUCUCCUUCUCCAGAGUCAUGGAGGUGUGGCCAUUCGCCUCCCGCCCUUGACGUUGUGAUACACAUACCCCACAGAGAUCUAUGUUUCUUAUAUUAUAUUAUUAUUAUUAUUAAUUAUUAUUAUUAUUAUUAUUAUGUAAUAAAUUUAUAAGAAAGCUC